AGAUCUAAAAGUGGUGGAUAUACAUUGCAAAAAGUGUUGACUGAGGCUACUUAUGGUUAUAUUACGGUACUUCAAACAGACUUGAGAAUGGUCCAACAUGUUACGUUGUGGAAGCAGGCUUCACAAGUUAAUGGUUUGUUCCAGCUAUUUCAUAGUUUGAAAAAAGACUGCAUUUUGAAUCAACUUAAACAAAAUUUGCUAUCACCGCCAAACUGCACAUUUACAAACAUCAGAAAUGUACAUAGACAGUCAAAGAUUCCUCAGGGUCUGGUAUAUUUAUCAAGAUCAAAUGACGUUUUUUCAAAUCUAGCAUUUGAAGACUGGGUACAUGAUAAUUUGUGCCUUACACACACAAAUAUUCUGUUUCUAUGGAGAAAUAAACCAUCUGUUGUGAUUGGUCGACACCAGAAUCCAUGGAGUGAGUGCAAUAUUCAAAAAUUAGUUGACAACGAUAUACAAUUGGCAAGGCGACGGAGUGGUGGAGGCACUGUUUAUCAUGACCUUGGAAACUUAAAUUGUACGUUCUUUACUGAUAGAAGUCAAUAUAAUCGUCGACAUAACUUGGAGCUGAUGGUGGCGGCGCUUAGAGCAAGAUGGCCGAGCAUCCAGGUUUCAAUUUCUAAUCGAGAUGAUUUGCUGCUUGAUAACUUUUACAAAAUCUCAGGAACUUCUGCCAAACUUGGUCAUUCCGUAGCAUAUCAUCAUUUUACACUGAUGAUGUCUGUUAAUCUACAAAGACUCAGGGAAGCCUUGCAUGUAGACAUGAUUGGUUUAGACAGCAAGGCAACAGAAAGCAUUCGUUCAUCUGUUCGUAAUCUUUGUGAUGUUGAUUCUAGCGUUAACUAUGACGAUGUGAUAUCAUCUCUUGCGAGGGAGUAUUAUUCCAUCCAUCAGCCACAAGAAGAACCAAAGAUAUAUACAGUGGACCCCACAGAUGAAAAAACCUGGCCAGGUAUUACAGAUAUGAAGGAAAAACUAAAGAUGUGGAAGUGGGUAUUUGGCAAGUCACCUCGCUUCAGUGUUGAAAGAACACAAGGUGAAUUGUCUGUUUUAAUUCACACCUAUCAAGGAAGGAUUGAAGGAACUGUAGUGAGAGCACCCUCUGGAGUUCUUGAUGUAAAUGAUGUAGAGGACCUUGCAGGUGCCAUGAAAGGUGUUCGUUUUUGGUCAAGUGACAUUGAGCAAAAUUUGAAGUCCUUCUUAAAAAGUAAUACUACAACAACCAAGAAUCAGGAAACAUUGCAAACCAUUGCUCAUCUCAUACGUUCAAGUGCAAAGGGGUAGUGGUCAACUUUAAUAUCAAACUACUGAGAUACAGUAUACUGUACAGUUAUGGCGGUAAUGAUGAUUAUCAGGUGUAUAGUGUACAUAAGCCUCUGUGCACACCGACAAAUUUAUGUAGACUGUGUGCCCAUGUAUGGGCAUGAUGAAGUCAUAUUACAACAAAAUAUGGGCGUAUAACCUCGGUUUUACGUACGCCUCGUAUCGACGAUGACGUCAUCAAAAACCCCAAAAAUAUUCAAAACAAACGGCCCUUUUUAGAGCAACCAUA